GCGAAACCCCAGCGUCUGGACGACGGAGGCGGCAGCAGCGGCGAUGAUGGCGGCGACGGCAGCAGCAGCGGCGCCGCUGGCGGCAGCGGCGACGGCGCCGGCAAGCGGUGAGUGCAACGCUUGGGGCGAGCCACGUCCUGUGGCUCAGGCCGGGCGCGGACGGCAGCAGAGGGAUGCCCUGCCUCGCCGCGCCCGUCGGCGCUCGCGGCGCCCGGCGCGGGGGAUGCCCCGGCUCUCGAGCGACGCGUCGAGCUGGCUUCGACCAGCCGGCGGCGGCGGCGGCGGCGCGCCAGCAGAGGCCGCCGCGAGGGGGCACCGGCCGCGCCACCGGGGCGGCAGGGCGAGGCCGGCCGCGCCGAGCCUCGGCGGCGCGCCGGGCAGGGGCUCCGACGGCGGCCAGGUCGAGCCCUCGGUGUCCGGGAGCUCGGAGGCCAGCGCCCUCCCCGGCGCCCCGAGAGGGUCUGCGGGCGGCGAGGCGCCGGAGGGCUCGCAGUCGGCAGGCGCCAGCAGCGCGGCGCCGGGCGACGGCCUGAGGCACGACGGCUGCGGCUCCUGGGGCGCCUUCCCGCAUCCGGGCGGCUGGGA